AGCAGUAUCCCAAGACCAAACUCGAACACUUUCACUUCAAUCGCCGACUAAACAUGUUCGAAACCGGGUUACUUUGUUGUUUCCUUUUCCUGUCGGGGACUGUCUUUGCGGUUUUCGGGCAAAGUUGUGACCGGGAGACCAUGAGGCGUUGCCGGCAAGACGUUUUGCGCGACAUUGAGUCUCAAUCUGGGAGAGAUUCCAAGCAGCAAUGCAAGCAAGCAAGAGAAAAUUUUGAUUGUCUAUUAUGGCAAACAUCGAUGUGUUUGGAUCGGCAGCAACAGGAGAGCAAUCGAGACGCCAUACUCAGGGCCUGGAGGUUCCUAGCAGCAUUCUGCGAAGAUGAAGGAAGCUGGUACACACUUGCUUGUUUUCAAAGAGAAGAAGUCAAGCGAUGCGAAGGAUUGAUGCCGUCCAAAAGUUCUUCAACGGAUUCAUCCUCUUGCAGGAGUUUUGGCCACUUCCGCGACUGCGUGAGGUCAGCGGUGCAACAGUGUUCUUCAUCCGAUCGUCGGUUAUUAGGAACCUACCUGAUGGAGAAAGGGCAGCAGCGAGCAUGGAACUGUCCAGCGGAAAGGAUAGACCCUGCUAGUGCACCUUUGGCAGCGGAUACUCGAUACACUUCUCUCACCGAAUCGUCAUACGGUUAUUGUUCGGAUGAAUCUAGGAGCAGUCUAAGAGAAUGCCGGAAUACAUUUGAGCAAGAACAAAGGGAAGCACAAACGAGGAAUGACAGCGAUAUGAGAAAUCACAAGACUUGCUGUGCUUUGGUGAAAUACGAAACCUGUGUGACCGAAAUCCUCGAAGACAGAUGUGGAGAACGUGGAAAAUCGGAGGCUCGCAGCCUGGUGUCAGACAUGAAAAACAGAUUUCCUUACUACAAUUGUGACGACCACGGGGAAAAUGAAUGUUCAGGAGCAACAAUCCUUUCAGUUACACAUAGUUGCCUUCUUGUCUUGGCAAUGGUAACUGCGUUCCUUGCUUCCAAGAAAGAAGUGUGAAGACUUGUCAAACUACAGCACCUGAGAACAUUUCCCGGAUUUUUUUUUUGUCUGUUUGCAAUCAGGUAAUGAAAAGUAAUGGAGUACUUUUCACUUGCACGCUCACCUUAUGUUGCAGGAAAGUAACCUGGAUGUGUUGCUUUAAGAGAUUCGAAUGUGGUACAAUCUCUCAUAUCCAAGAGAUGCUAAUUGCAUGAUUCUUUUAAACUAUUUUUUACAGUACUAAACACAGGGGUGAAAGUUGCAAAAAUUCCCAAGACGGAAAUUUUCAAAAUAGAAAGGGGGCGUGUCUGAAAUUUAAUGUUCAGGUAAAUGUAAGGAUUGAAUACAGAGUGUCAUACUUCAAAAUUAUGAAAAAGUGUUCCAAAAUAAAAAAAAUAUAUAAACACACUGAAGAACUAUGGUGCUAUCCUCAAGAAAUAAAAUUAUAACCAAUUCUCUCACUUUAUGAAGAAUAAUUUAUUUUUCAUCAUUAGGUAAUGAAUAGUGGUUCUUAAUUAUAAUCAUACAAAUCAAAUAAGAAAACUCAUUUGUCUAAAUUUUUUCCAUAUUUUAACUCAUUCGGAUUAUUUAUUACUUUCUUAAAUCUUCUUCUGCCUCAUUUUGUUUCAAACUUUUUCAAAAAGUCGGAAAUCUGUCAAACGACUGAAAACUUUCACUCCUAACUGAAUGAUGAAAUAGAAUGGUGACAAAAUCCUGGUCAUCAUCAAUCUACAAAAUGAAUUUUCUUGCAUAAUUUAAAUAACUAGCAUUUUUUGUGUGUUAACAUACUUAGGUAUCAAAGAUCAAAAUGGAGAGUGUGGUUCAUAUUUUAAAAACUUUCCCAAAUUUUCUUGAUGACAUUCACAUGAGGCAACUAUAUUGAUCUCUAAUAUGUGUUGAAUAAUUAUACAUUUUUCUCUAUAUUCUUCCAAACAUUUAAAAGUAAUCUUAAUUUUCCCAAUCUUACCAUAUAAUUUUAAAAUGAUUCUUAAUUUUAUUGAAUGAAAAACCAUGGUUUAGAUGAAAUGUUUGUUAAAACAACUUUCUGUGCCAGGGAGAAAGGUGGUUAUUGGGCUAUUGCCAUUUGUCAAUAGCUGUAGAGGUACUGAAGCUUGACCGCGAAGAGAAGGCGGCUGACCUUGAUGCAAACACAUCAUUUGUAUCAUUUGUAAUAGGUUGAUUGUUAUUAUUUUGUGAUAGAUAGGAUCAGUGAGAGCGACUCUCACUUUUAGGUGCUUUCUGAUUGAUUCUACAUAUUACAAAUGAUACAAAAUGAGGUUUCACUUCAAGGUCAUCUGCCUUCUCUUCGUGGUCAAGCUAUAGUAAAGUUGGUAUCCCACAUUAACUAUUCAGAAGAACAAACUAUAGUUGGGGCAAACCUAACUUGGCAGCAUUGUAAAUGUUACAGAAUAGCCUGCUCAAACCAUUAUGUAUGUACACUGCCAAGUUAGCCUCACUCCGAAUAUAGAAAUUUAUUCAUAUUGGAAGUGGAGUAAGACCAAGUGUUUGUGGACAUAGGAGGUUCUACUGUACACAAAUUUGAAUUAUUUUCACUAACAUUAAUUUCAAGAUGCAUAGCUUUAGACAACAUCAACAUAAGAAAUACUCUGAAAUUUUGUUUCACGUAAUAAUUUCAAAAGUGUUCCCACUCACUUUUAUAAAUGUUAUUCCAACUUUCAAAGGUUUUCUAGAAAAAACUCUACAAAAUAUCAGACUAUUUUUGAAUUUGUGCUUUUUUUUCUUUUAAAAAUUAUGAAUCUAAGAUUAUGAUUUCCUUAGCAACAAAUAAAAAAACCCAAACUAAUGAGCAUUUUAAAAUUAGAAGUUCAGCAAUCAGUUUUCAAACAGUUCAAAAGAAUAAACUCAAAAGAAUUUCUUGGUCAGUCCAUUUCAAAUUAUUAAGUCCUCAUUUUGAGUAAACUCAAACGAGUAUAAGAACCUACUGAACACAAAUGUUUAUGACACAAAUAAUAAUGUUAUAAAGGGUCCUUUUUCUUCAGGUUUUUGUCAAAUUUAAUAAUUUUCUGCAUAAAAAUAAAAUUUCCUGACUAUUCAGGUUUUCCAGGAAUUCCCUGACCCAGGGGAACCCUACUUCAAAUUUUAUAUUAUUUAAAAAUUAAAGUUCAGGAUAGUGAUAAAUAUAAAAAUCAUUGCUUUCAAUUUCUUAAAACCUAGAAGAUUAAUACUUGCCAAUUUCUUAAAAUUCACAUGUGUUUUAAUAUUUUUUCAAUCUUAUCAGUUAACUCUGUGCAAGUUCUAAAAGUGCUACUAAACUCAUUUUGUAAAGCAGAAUUCUGUCAAGAAGCAUCACCAAUGAGCCAGGUACAAAAACAAGUUAAUGAUUUAUAAUCAACUCAAAUAUACAGCAUACUUUUAAAAUGACUUGUACAGAAUUGAAUAUUCUGCACAUAUUUAACAAUCAAAUCACCAAUGAGUUUACCUCCUCAAUAAUAACCUCUACACACACACACACACACAGGAGUCAAUAUCUCCUUCAAAUGACAACCUCCUUAAAUGAGUUGUUUUCAAAGGAACAUAAAUGGUUGCUUUUGCAUACUGUUUCUUGUAAGAUAUUGAAUAAAGUGUCUCUACUCCUAACUUUUCAAUCAUAAGCUGUAACAUAAGGCAGACCAAAACAAUUUCAUUUUUGUUUCCAAAGCUAUACUAGGUUUUGUAGCUCAUCUCAUUGUCCAGUUAUAUGUUAUAGAAGUUUUUCUUAGUUAUUUUUUCAGCUGUACAUAAUUUUUGCUCUGAAAAUUUUCUUAUAGAAAUUAUUGAUUUUAAUAAAAGAUGUUA